GUUCUCCAUCCCCCACUCCGGCCGCCGUGGCCUGGGAGGCGUCACUCCUUGAUGUGCCCGGGACCACCGUGAGGGGGCUUCACAUCCGGGGCCGGCAGCCUCUGGCAGCAUUGCCGCAUUUACUGCAGACUUAUACUGCCCUCGCCAAGAGACUGUCCUCCGCAGAACCCCCGCUCCUGCCCCUGGGAUCCCCAGUCCCACAGGUGUGAGGUGGGGCAGGUAGGGUGGGCUAGAAGGGCCCAGCCCCAGAACCCCCAACCACUGAGCCCAGGGCUCCUGAACCUGCCCCACCUCUGCCUCCUGUCUGGCAUGAGAGCCCCUUGCCAUGCCCAUCGACGGCUGGGAGCCUGAAGGUCUUCACACUUCCCAGGAAGGAGGCUCACAUCCCAGGGUGGGCUUCUGUGGAGCCCCCAUGGCUGACUGUGAGGGCAGGAUGUGCCAUAGAGGGGAGGCUCAGACCAGCCCUGGUGUUAAGUGAAAAAGGCCCAGGCCCAGCCUACAGGCCCAUCCCUGCCCCUGCAGCCAAGAGUGUGUGGCCCAAGUGAUUUCUGGCCACACCUGAGGUCCUGGGCCUGUGUCCGCAGCCAUGCCCCACCCCCAGCUCUUUAGUGGUGAGAGCGUCGUGUCCUGGAGCAACCUGAAUGUCAUCAUCUCCGUGCCCUGGUACCUGGGGCUCAUGUUCCGGACCCGGAAGGACGACAGCAUUCUGAUGGAAGCUACCAGUGAUAGGUCCACCAGCUGUCAUCUCCAGAUCCUCAGCAGCCACCUCCAGUUCGAGGUGUCCCACGGGCCCUCCGGCGUGGAGUCCAUGGUGCUGUCCGGGUUGCGGGUGACCAACGGGGAAUGGCACCACCUGCUGAUCGAGCUGAAGAACGUGAAUGAGGACAGUGAAAUGAAGCACCUGGUGACCAUGACCUUGGACUAUGGGAUGGACCAGGUGAGCUGGCACCUGCCCUCCUCUGGGGACAGACCCUUCCUCUGGCCCGGGAAAAAACAGAAUGACCCCUUAAUGUGCCAGGACCUGCCAGAGAUCUUGUGGAUGUGGGGAGGCACUUUCUGGGACCCUCAGUGGGCUUCUGUUCUGCCCCGUGCUGAGGCCACUGGCAUCUUCACCUCCUCCACCCAGAUGCGGCCCUCCUGCAGGCAGCUUCCUCCAGCUGCCUUUCUCAUCACAGUGCUGUCGGCGCCCUCAGCCGUGGUUGCUUUCAGCCUUGCCAUCUUGAGCAAUGCCUGCAGCCUCAGCACUGUGUCUUUAGGGUACUGA